AUGAAGCCCUUCUCACUCCGUCUGCUAUUCUUUGCUGCUCUGUUUGUCCUGUCUGCGGCUUGGACCAAAGAAGACCACGAGAUCUUCCAGCUUCGUGAAGAAGUCAUCUCCAAAGAAGGUGCAAAUGUGACAUUCUACGACGUCUUGGGCGUGAAACCGAAUGCCAACCAAGACGAAUUGACCAAAGCCUACCGUCAGAAGUCAAAGCUCCUCCACCCUGACAAAGUCAGACGAUCCUUCAUCGCCAACAGCUCUAAGGACAAGUCAAGGGCCAAAACCAACAAGGCAGGUGUCCAUGUUAACAAGGGCCCUUCGAAACGUGAGAUCGACGCGGCCGUCAAAGAAGCCCAUGAUCGCGCGGCCCGUCUGAACACUGUUGCCAAUAUUCUGCGUGGAGCUUCUCGGGAGCGUUAUGACCAUUUCCUGAAGAAUGGUUUUCCGAAGUGGAAGGGUACCGGAUACUACUAUUCACGAUUUCGCCCCGGCUUGGGCUCUGUCCUGGUCGGGCUGUUUCUGGUCUUUGGGGGCGGCGCCCACUAUGCUGCACUCGUGCUGAGCUGGAAGCGUCAGCGGGAAUUCGUCGAUCGGUACAUCCGUCAAGCCCGUAGAGCUGCAUGGGGCGACGAGUCGGGUGUUCGAGGUAUCCCUGGACUGAAUGGUGGUGUUGCUGCCGAACCAACCACGCCAACUCCGGAACCUGAGCCCAGUGCCGUGCCAAUGAACCGACGCCAGAAGCGCAUGAUGGAGAGAGAAAACCGCAAAGAGGGCAAGAAAAGUGCUGGUCGAACCAACGGUCGCAGCUCUGGGACUGCAACGCCCACCAAUGAGGCCGUGGAGCCCACCGGCGAAAGGAAACGUGUCGUCGCGGAGAAUGGAAAAGUUCUCAUCGUGGAUUCGGUCGGACAUGUGUUCCUGGAGGAGGAGACGGAAGAUGGAGAACGCCGAGAGUUCCUCCUCGACAUCGACGAGAUUCCACGCCCUACCUUCCGCGAUACAAUGGUGUUCCGGAUGCCCGGCUGGGUCUACCACAAAACCCUCGGCCGAGUGCUUGGCUCAUCCGACGCCAUGGGUAGCUAUGUCAAUGAGCGCGAAGAACUGGCCGAGACAGCGCAAGAUAUAGUUGAGGAUGUGAUUAGCUCUGCUACGACUUCCAACAAGGGCGCAUCCAGGCGGAGGGCGAAGCGCACACAAAAGACUUAA